AGUUGAAACGAAGCCUUGUGAAUGACGUAUACAGGAAAUGUAAACAGAUUUCAAAAGUGUUUGAAUGAACCCAUUUUUUCGGUUAUUUUUCUGCCAAGAUACAUUUUUUACCGGUUAGAGUUAUGCAGACGUGGAGUCUCGUAUCGAUUUGCGUUUUACUUGGCGUUGUAGUGAGAUGGGGAGUGUCGUUAAAUUCGUAUUCAGGGGCGGGGAAACCUCCCAUGUUUGGCGACUAUGAAGCCCAAAGGCACUGGCAAGAAGUGACCUACAACCUCCCUCUUCAGGAAUGGUACUUCAACACCACUGACAAUGACUUGAACUACUGGGGUCUUGACUACCCUCCUCUCACUGCCUACCACAGCUGGAUCUGUGCUUAUGUAGCAAAGAUAAUAAACCCGGACUGGGUAGAGCUCCACAAGUCCAGAGGUUAUGAAAGUCUGACGCACAAACUCUUCAUGAGAACUACAGUCUUGGUGGCAGAUUUGUUGAUAUACAUCCCUGCAGUGGUUUUCUACUGCUUAUAUCUAACUGAUGGUUCCUCGAAGAAAAAGGUGUCCACUCUGUUGUGCUUUCUACUUUACCCAGGACUAAUUCUCAUUGACUAUGGCCAUUUCCAGUACAAUGGAGUGAGCCUGGGAUUUGCGCUGUGGGGGGUUCUGGCUCUGGGUCUGGGCUGGGAUGUCUCAGGCUCCAUGGCCUUCUCGCUGGCACUCAACUACAAACAGAUGGAGCUGUACCACGCUCUGCCCUUCUUCUGUUACCUGCUGGGAAAGUGCAUCAAAGCCGGCCCGAUGGGUCGAGGGCUUUUCCUGCUAGUGAGAAUUGCUGCAACAGUGUUGGCGACUUUUGCCCUCUGCUGGUUGCCCUUCCUGUCUGACCCCAGCCAGGCCUUGCAGGUGGUCAGGAGGAUCUUUCCCGUGGCUCGUGGUCUGUUUGAGGAUAAGGUGGCCAACACAUGGUGCAGCCUCAACACCCUGAUAAAGAUCAGAUCCAUAAUGUCGGGUGACUCUCAGCUCUACCUCAGUUUAGCCUGCACUCUCCUGGCAGUUCUACCUUCCUGUUUCCGACUGCUGACAAAACCUACUUUCUGGCACUUCAAACUGGCUCUGGUCAAUUCAUCUCUGGCAUUUUUCCUCUUCUCUUAUCAAGUCCACGAGAAGUCCAUUCUGUUGGCUGCCUUGCCCGUCUGCCUCCUGCUGAACGACCUCCCCUUGAUAGCCAUUUGGUUCCUGCAGGCCUCCACAUUUAGCAUGCUGCCUCUGUUUCUGAAGGACGGCCUGCUGGUGCCCUACGUUGUGACCUCCUUGGCCUUCCUCUUCUUUAGCCUCUAUCUAUUGUCUGCACUGGAUCACUGCUCAGAGGACGAGCUGAGAAUGGGAGCCUACAACAAGCUGCUUGUCUUUCUACCCAAACUGGACCUGGCCUGUAUAGUGAGAUGGAAGUUCUACGUCAGUGUUGCAGUCAUGGCUGUCUUGAGCAUCGUCAGCGUCGCUCUGGUCCCUCCACCACAUCUACCUGACUUGUUCCCCGUCUUGGUGUCUACCACUGCCUUCCUUCACUUCUUUGGAACAUUUGUGUAUUUCAACGUUGUUCAGUUCAGCGAGCCACCCAGCAGAAAGAGCCAGAAGAAGAGCAACUAAUUGAUGCCAAAGGUGGAGGAUUUGAGCUAAGUUUAUUCUGCUCAAGUCAGUGUUACACACUGGGAUAUAUGUGUUCUGAAUGUGCAUGAGGCCUUUCACCCAUGCUAUUAUAUACCAAAUGCAAAAUAGCAGAAAUGCUUAUGAAGGUAUGUUGUUGGUUAGAAAAUGACUGUACCUCGCAGUGCCCUUUUAGAGGAAUUCUGAUAUCAAAUGAAAGGAAACGGUUCGUGUAUUUUUUACAGUUUAACUACUCUUGUGCAGUUCCAAGAUGAAUCUUCUCUGUUAUCAAAGUUCAGUCAUUCAGUCUGUUUUCACUAAAUGUGCCUCAAAUCAUUCAUAAUGAACUCGUCUUUUUGUAUUGUAUUUGCUUGGACCAUUGAUACUUAAACAGCACUAUUGCGGGCUAAUCGUCCAGGUACACAUAGAUGAGGAUAAGAAUUUGAAUAGAAUUUGGAUAGCUCUGUAUCUGCAUGCUCAAACUACAGGAGGUGGCCACAAUAAUAAGAACACCCUGUGUAAUGUUGAGUUACUGUAGGGACCAGAUGAAUUGAAUUAAUUUGGUAGUAACUGUUAAAAGUCAUGUCGGUGUUGGGUUUAAUCAUAUUCUGAGGUGUUUGUCUUAUUUUGUCCACCCCCUGCGUAUCCUCAGGGGAUUCUGACUAAACACACAGCUGAUGUACUUAACUCAGGCCUAGCAGUGUUGAUCAAUAUGUAUUCAUGUUCACUGUUUUUGUUCUACUGUACAUUUCUACCCAUCAUUAAAGUUAUUUUGUACAAACUUA